AUGUCCUUAAAUAACUUCUUUAAAAAGAAAUAGUAGAUAUAAAAAGAAAAAGUGGAAAAUGAAAAGUAUGACAAAUAAUAAUAUUUAAGACAAUAGAAAAAGAUAGAAUAAGAAUAAAAACGUAAUAUACAAUCAGUGAAACUGAAAGCAAGGGCCUUAGAAAGAAUAGAAAACUUUUAAGAAACAAUGAUUUCUAAAUAAUUUGUUGAGACAAUGAAAAAUGGUUCGUAUCCUUUAUUGUCUAUAAGCAAACACUCUUUUAGAGAUAGAGAAAAGGAGAAAGAAUUAGAGAAAUUGGGUGGGAUAUAUGUGAAAACGUAAAAUAUUCUAUAAGAUUCUAUAGAUUUUAGGAAGCUAAAGAUAGAGCAUCAACAGCUUAGAAAUAAUUUAAUUAAAAUCAUUUAUAAACAGGUGAAUUUGCAUAAAAUCCUCCAAAUAAGAAUUAUUAACUUUGGUUACGUCCUCCUGAUUAAUCAAAAUAAGAAAAGCCUUUAAGAUUUGGAAUAGGAGAGAGAACUGAAGUUUAAAGAUUGAAUAAGCAUAUUUAGAGUAUAAGCACAUAAUUAGAUUUUGAAGUAUUGAUAAAUAUGUAUUUAAGAGUAGAGAUUUAACAAUGUAAAAUUUUCCUAGUUGGAAGAAUGAUGAAAAAUCUAAAUGGUUAAAUAGCAAAACCUUCAAUAUUUAUCCUUGUCUUUAUGACGGAACAAGAAGUUACUUUCCAUGGAAAUAACAUCCUAUUAAUUUGAAUAAUUAAAAUAAUUAAUAUGUGGAAGGUUAUGAAAUAGUAGGAGAUCUUUCAAGAAAAAGAGAGAAAAAUUAAGAAGUACCAUUUUGGAUUAUAAUAUUAAGCACAGAAGAAGUGAAUUUAUUUCUACAGUUAAAGAAGAUUAAUUAGGUACUACAAUUCACAUUUCUAGAUCCUUGAGAUCAAUGAAAUAGGAUAAAAUUUUAAAUAUGUAAUCUAAUUAUGAUGAAUAUUCUACAAAUAAAUAAAUUGACUUUUACAAAACUACAUUAUUACAAACAAAAAGUAUAGAUCAUAUAACACCUCAUGAACAUAGUAAUAAGUAAUUUAAUAUUCUUAUCUAGUUAUAAAGGUCAUUCUUUGCAUAAUUUAAGACCAUCAUAACCAUAUAAACUUUAUAGGUAGUCUAUUAAUUAUCUAAAUUAAAAAAUUGGCUCAGAUAAACCUUAAGAACAUUUAGCCUAAACCUAAUUAACAAUUAAAGAAGAUUAAACAACAUAAUAAAUUCUAACAAGUGAAUUGUAAUUACCUAAAUAAAAACUAACAUAAAUUCAAGAGGUUCCUCAAAUGUAAAUUACAAGUUAAUAAUCUAAUAAACCAUUCAGUAGAGACACCUUAAAUUCAUAAGGUGGUUCCAAGAGUAGAUUUAUGGAUUAAUAUAAUUCAAGACGAUCUCAAUAAGCAGAUGUAAAAUUAGGGUAUCCUUAUAGAUUGGAAAAUGAUGAAACUACAGCUGAAAUUAUGGGAAAAUAUUUUAAUGAAGAAAAUAAUUGA